UUUCGUUUAAGUCCAGUCGCAAUUUUGAGAAGAUGGCGUCGGUUGGGGAUGCCACCUUAAGCAAACGGUCACGGGUAAAGACAGAACGGAUGCAAGAAUUUGAGAAAUCCCAAGAAGACAAUGUCACUCAGAAAUUGUUAAAGUGUCCCAAAGAUGGUUGUGGCAAAGUCUUCACAAGUGUCCCAGGAUUACGCUAUCAUACAAAGACACAUGUUGAUCCUCACAGAAGAUUUAUUUGCGAAAAAUGUGACAAAAGUUUCAAAAGUGCCAACGGUUUAAAAUACCAUCGUGGCAAAACUAAAGGCUGCUAUGGGACAGGUGGUGGUUUCCAGAACUACAAAACAGAUAAAUCUGCCAGUGAUGCAGAUACGGAUGAUUCUGCUAAUGAGGAUUAUUUGUCCCAAGACACAUCAGCUGAUGAAUCAAUGGCACAACCACUUCAGCAGACAGAAUAUUGUAGAGAAAUAACCUGUGAUUCAGCUGACACAAAAACAAUUAAGACAGAGGGCAACUGUGGGAAGUGCAAGCCUAUGCCUCUAACUUUGUCUUCAGCUGUCUCUCCUCUUGUUAGUAGCCCUACUACAACAACAUGGCCAUCAGUUGAUGAUAAUAACCCAACCACAGAUGUAAACAAACUGCAGCAGUUGGCAAUUAUUGCAACGGGUCCUGAAAGCCCUCUUCUAAAGACAGAAACCACCAGCAUAAAACAUCAACAACCUAGUAGUGCCGAUGGCAGUGAUCCACAAGUCUCAUCCUCAGCCCCAUGUCCAGCUUCACCAGAAGAUUCCAGUAAAGGUAACAGUACUUGGUCUCAUCCCUGGCCUACAACUGUAUGGCAGUGUUUCAUGAAAGGUGUUCAGAUACAAUUUCCAGAGACAAACUGGCAAACUGCUGAAGAACUUGCACGACUUGAACUUCUCUCCAAAUCAGCUUCUUCUUGUGGCAAAGAAGAUAACAAAGACAGCUAUGCUGCAAAAGGCUUACGUCUUGUUUGUAUGACUAAAAUAUAUGAUGGAAAAGAUUCAGAGAACAACGCAUGGCAUCUGAAUUUGAAAAUGUCACCAGAUAUUGACAGCCAGUCUUCAUUGUUGGCUAAAUGUGCACCAGAUCAUCCAUUUUUUGUAUUAGAGAAAGGAUGGUCAUCUUAUAAUCCUGCUGUAACAGUGGAGCAUUAUGGCAUCCCAUGUCGGAAGCUGGAGGAAGAUGAUAUCUGUUUGCCUCCAUUGCACCAUGAUGCUACUUAUACUCAUGAAGUGUUUGAAACACUCCAGCAAAGCUUUGACUUUACCCCAUCAGAUUCAUCUGCUGUUCUUGCACUCAGCUAUAUGGCCAAACAACGUCGAGAUCUUGAAGAAAAUCAAGCUAAAAAACAGCCUGUUGUCAAAACUGACUCUUUAAAAGCCAAACGACCGAUGAAUGGAUUUAUGCUUUUUGCUAAGAAAAACCGAUUGGAAUAUACCCAGAUGUACCCUGGGAGAGAUAACAGGUAAAAGCAACUGUU